GCGGCGGGCCAAUGGGAGAGAGCAAUGGGUCAACCUGGGGUUUGAGAAUGAGAGAGCCCGUACGGGGGGCGGGCGACGUAGGCGCCAGGGGUGGAGAGGGGGCGGGGCGGGCGGCUGGCGGGGCAGCCCCCACCGCGGCGGGAGGAACCUGCGGCCGGGUCGGCGGCGGCCAAUGGGAAGGCAGGAUGGCGCGGGGGGCGGGCCCGGGCGCCGAGGAGCCCCGCCCCCUCGGGUCCGCAGGGCUGGGGCGGAGCCAGGUCUGCGUCAGGUGGUCCUGGGCGUGCGGGCGGCGCAGGGGGCGGGGCGCGGCGCAGAGCGGGGAGCGGCGGCCGGCGGGCGGCGGCGGUCACCGGCUGUGGGAGCAGGUAUCCGCGGCGGAGGUGGCCAGGCCGCCCGCGGGGGCGAGGGCAAAGGCGGGGGCUCCGGCCCGCCGCGCCCCCAUGCAGCGGUGAGCGCUCGCGUUCCGCGCACUUGUCGCCGCGCCGCGCCAGCCCCAGACCCAGCCCUCGCGAGCCGGCUCUCCCCGCCCCGUCAGCCAGGGCCCUACCUGCGGCCGCCGUCGGGGGAGGGGGGGUCCCCCCAGCGCUGCGGAGCCGCAUGAACAAUAGGCGGCGGCGGCUCCUGCGGGCGGCGGCAGCCCCGCACCCUAUGGAUCGGCCGCUCCAUGGAGCCCUCCAGAGCGCUUCUCGGCUGCCUAGCGAGCGCCGCUGCUGCCGCCCCUCCGGGGGAGGAUGGAGCGGGGGCCGGGGCCGAGGAGGAGGAGGAAGAGGAGGAGGAGGCGGCGGCGGCCCCCGGGGAGCUGGGCUCCGACGCGCCGCUGCCCUACUGGACGGCCGUGUUCGAGUACGAGGCGGCGGGCGAGGACGAACUGACCCUGCGGCUGGGCGACGUGGUGGAGGUGCUGUCCAAGGACUCGCAGGUGUCCGGCGAUGAGGGCUGGUGGACCGGGCAGCUGAACCAGCGGGUGGGCAUCUUCCCCAGCAACUACGUGACCCCGCGCAGCGCCUUCUCCAGCCGCUGCCAGCCCGGCGGCGAGGACCCCAGUUGCUACCCGCCCAUUCAGUUGUUAGAGAUUGAUUUUGCGGAGCUAACCCUGGAAGAGAUUAUUGGCAUCGGGGGCUUUGGGAAGGUCUAUCGUGCUUUCUGGAUAGGGGAUGAGGUCGCAGUGAAAGCAGCUCGCCAUGACCCCGACGAGGACAUAAGCCAGACCAUAGAGAAUGUUCGCCAGGAGGCCAAGCUCUUCGCCAUGCUGAAGCACCCCAACAUCAUUGCCCUUAGGGGUGUGUGUCUGAAGGAACCCAACCUCUGCUUGGUCAUGGAGUUUGCUCGUGGAGGGCCUUUGAAUAGAGUGUUAUCUGGGAAAAGGAUUCCUCCGGACAUCCUGGUGAACUGGGCCGUGCAGAUUGCCAGAGGAAUGAACUUCUUACAUGAUGAGGCAAUUGUCCCCAUCAUCCACCGCGACCUUAAAUCCAGCAACAUACUGAUCCUCCAGAAGGUGGAGAAUGGAGACCUGAGCAACAAGGUUCUGAAGAUCACCGAUUUUGGCCUGGCUCGGGAAUGGCACCGGACCACUAAGAUGAGCGCGGCAGGGACAUAUGCUUGGAUGGCACCUGAAGUCAUUCGUGCCUCCAUGUUUUCCAAAGGCAGCGACGUGUGGAGCUAUGGGGUGCUGCUCUGGGAGCUCCUGACUGGUGAGGUGCCCUUCCGAGGAAUCGAUGGCUUAGCAGUCGCUUACGGAGUGGCCAUGAACAAGCUUGCCCUUCCCAUUCCUUCUACAUGCCCAGAACCUUUUGCCAAACUCAUGGAAGACUGCUGGCAUCCCGACCCCCAUUCGCGACCAUCUUUCACGAAUAUCCUGGACCAGCUGACUACCAUAGAGGAGUCUGGUUUCUUUGAAAUGCCUAAGGACUCCUUCCAUUGCCUGCAGGAUGACUGGAAACAUGAGAUUCAGGAGAUGUUUGACCAACUCAGGGCCAAGGAAAAGGAGCUGCGCACCUGGGAAGAGGAGCUGACGCGGGCUGCGCUCCAGCAGAAGAACCAGGAGGAGCUGCUGCGGCGCCGGGAGCAGGAGCUGGCCGAGCGGGAGAUCGACAUCCUGGAACGGGAGCUCAACAUCAUCAUCCACCAGCUGUGCCAGGAGAAGCCCCGGGUCAAGAAACGCAAGGGCAAGUUCAGGAAGAACCGGCUGAAGCUCAAGGAUGGAAACCGCAUCAGCCUCCCUUCCGAUUUCCAGCACAAGUUCACGGUACAGGCCUCGCCCACCAUGGAUAAAAGGAAGAGUCUCAUCAACAGACGCUCCAGUCCUCCUGCAAGCCCCACCAUCAUUCCUCGCCUUCGAGCCAUCCAAUAUCCCAUUCGACCUUUGUUAUUCACAGUGACACCAGGUGAAAGCAGCAAAACCUGGGGCCGGAACUCUGUCGUCCCCAAGGAUGAGGGGGAGGAGGAGGAGAAGAGGGCCCCCAAGAAGAAGGGACGGACGUGGGGGCCAGGUACCCUUGGUCAGAAGGAGUUUGCCUCAGGAGAUGAAGGAUCCCCUCAGAGACGUGAGAAAGCUAAUGGUUUAAGUACCCCAUCAGAGUCUCCACAUUUCCACCUGGGCCUCAAGUCCCUGGUAGAUGGAUACAAACAGUGGUCGUCCAGUGCCCCUAACCUGGGGAAGGGCGCGAGGAGUAGUCCAGCCCUGCCAGGGUUCACCAGCCUUAUGGAGAUGGAGGAUGAGGACAGUGAAGACCCACGGAAUGGGGAGAGUUGUCUACAGCCAUCACCCAACCAGUCCUACCUCUGUAUCCCAUUCCCUCGUGGAGAGGAUGGGGAUGGCCCCCCCAGCGACGGCGUCCACGAGGAGCCCACCCCAGUCAACUCGGCCACCAGUACCCCUCAGCUGACACCAACCAACAGCCUCAAGCGGGGCGGCCCCCACCACCGCCGCUGUGAGGUGGCUCUGCUCGGCUGUGGGGCUGUCCUCGCAGCCACGGGCCUCGGGUUUGACCUGCUGGAAGCUGGCAAGUGCCCGCUGCUGCCCCCGGAGGAGCCUGAGCCACCAGCCCGCGAGGAGAAGAAGAGGCGUGAGGGUCUUUUCCAGAGAGCCAGCCGCCCCCGUCGGAGCACCAGCCCCCCAUCCCGGAAGCUCUUCAAGAAGGAGGAGCCCGUGCUGUUGCUAGGAGACCCCUCCGCCUCCCUCACCCUGCUCUCUCUCUCCUCCAUCUCCGAGUGCAACUCCACGCGCUCCCUGCUGCGUUCCGACAGCGAUGAGAUUGUGGUCUACGAGAUGCCUGUCAGCCCCGUGGAGGCCCCGCCCCUGAGCCCCUGCACCCGCAACCCGCUGGUCAACGUCCGAGUGGAGCGAUUCAAGCGAGACCCGAAGCAGUCCCUGACGCCCACGCACGUCACCCUCACGGCCCCUGCACAGCCCAGCGCUCACCGGCGGACUCCUUCCGAUGGGGCCCUCAAGCCGGCAGCCCCUCGAGCCAGCAGGAGCCCCUCCAGCAAUGGGCUGAGCCCCAGUCCUGGAGCAGGAAUGUUGAAAACCCCCAGCCCUAGCCGAGACCCAGGUGAAUUCCCCCGUCUGCCCGACCCCAAUGUGGUAUUUCCGCCGACCCCAAGGCGCUGGAACUCACAGCAGGACUCUACCCUGGAGAGACCCAAGACCCUGGAGUUUCUGCCUCGGCCGCGUCCUUCCGCCAACCGGCAACGGCUGGACCCUUGGUGGUUUGUGUCCCCCAGCCACGCCCGUAGCGCCUCCCCGGCCAACAGCUCCAGCACGGAGACGCCCAGCAACCUGGACUCCUGCUUGGCUAGCAGCAGCAGCACCGUGGAGGAGCGGGCCGGGCUGCCGGCCCUGCUCCCGUUCCAGGCGGGGCCGCUGCCGCCGGCCGAGCGGACGCUUCUGGACCUGGACGCAGAGGGCCAGAGUCAGGACAGCACCGUGCCGCUGUGCAGAGCCGAACUGAACACACACAGGCCUGCCCCUUACGAGAUCCAGCAAGAGUUCUGGUCUUAGCACGGAAAGGGUUGGGGGCGGGCAAGGGGGAAGCAGGAGGAGAUGGGGGGAACUGGCUGGCACAGCCCUUUCUCAGAAUUGGACCCCCUGAGCUCCCGCCCUACUUCUUGCACUGAUAAUGCACUUUGAAGAUGGAAGGGAUGGAAGCAGGGCCCCUUCAGAGGACUUCUUGUCCCGCAGGGCCCUUCUCCCCAGGUCCACUGGAGGGGCUGUGGCCAUCAGCUCUGGCUGUGUAGGGGAGGGAGGGGUGCGUGCAUGUCCCCCCCCCCCCCCACAGUCUUCCUCGCCUCCGGGGUGGCCCUGCAGAGUCACUCAGCCGAAUCUCUCUGCUGCUCCCUCUCCUCAGCCGCCCGGCUGUGCCCUCCUGGGGUCCCUGUGUUAGCCCUGAGUUCAGCCUUCCCAAACACCAGUACUGGAUGUUCUGUGAUUGAUUUUGCUCCUCUUCCACGUUCUUCCCCGACACUCACGAAUCAGAAUCUCUUCUGGUGUGAAAUGUGAGCUUUUCUGUGUCCUAAGCCCUUUGGUGCCGGCUGGAGGACAGAAGGCAAAGUGCCCCAGCGUCAGGCACAGGAAUUGGUGGAGCUAGCACCCCCGAUUGCACUUCCAGGCACCCCACUUAUUUAUUUGAGCCUCCCAGUGGUGGGGACCUGCCUCUGUGAGAACCAGGGAGGGGAGGGAGUUAGCAAAUACCGUCGAGGUGCGGUAAAGAGGGUAACAGAGUCUGUCUGUCCUCGUACCUUUUGUAAACACUCAAAGAAGGGCAGAAACCAGCACGUGUUGACAGCAUCCAUCUCCUACCUGGGGUCCAAACGUGGUCAGACCAGGUUCUGAUGCAAACACACUCUCAUCCCAGGAAGAGUUUCCAGGGAGACUCACUCACUGGUGACAGUUCAGCAACCAGAGACAGAGUUCUUGUGUUUGUCCAUUUUGUCAUCUGAUCUGUAUGUGUUCUUCCCUUCCCUUGAUCUUGCCUUCAGUCCGCAGAAUUAGUGGACUUCAGGUUAUGUGUCUGGUGGGGAGAUGUCUCUGCACUGCACCAGAAUAGCAUAUGGGGGCGGGUCCUGGACACUGGGAGCUGGAACUGUGGGAUUCCUUCUCGCCUGUCAUCACUCUGUGGUGCCCUGGAAGUAGAACGGAGUGCUUAGUAGUUCCUUGCGUGAAUGGCUGUGGUGCGUGAGGAUGUCUGUAAGGUGCUCAGUGAGCCCCUGAUGUACAGUAACCUUCAGGUCCCGAGCGCUGGAGGCUGGCCAGGGCCUCUUGUCUCUGUGCACAGCCCCUCGUGCUGGGCUCUGAACCAUGAGCUGGGUAGGAAGAACAACAGAGGCCAACCCCGACUCUUCUGGAAUUUGUUUCCUUAACUUGAAUGUUGAACUUCUUCUGGAGCUUUCUCACGUGCAUCUCCACCAUUCCUCUUACCCUGAGGCUCCUGUGGCAAGUAUGAGCAGUUGUCUUGCAUGGGGAUAACACCUUGACAGGAGCAGGGCCCUUAGGUCACACUCCUCCCCCCUCAAGACUCUCUCGGCACCACUCCACCGUCUUUUAUCCUGGACUGUUUCUUGGCAGGUGUUGGAGGCCCACGUGCAGGUUCCUCGCGUUUGCUGCCUGGAUGCCAGGACAGGAUAGCAGCGAUGCAGGCAUGAGUCAUGAGUUUGGUCCCUGCUUGCUCUGUAACUGGGAUAGAAGUCCUGUCCUGGGGAUGACAAAAGGAGAGACCUUGGUUUUCAAGCUGUUCCUUGUUUUACGAGCCCACUGGCAGGCACUUUGGUUCAAGGGCUGCACCUCGUCUUGGGUGGGAAGGCACUGUUGGUUUCAUCACCUAGGGUUCUGUUUUCACAUCUCAUCUCUCUUGUCUGUUUGUUCAGGGAAGACCAUAUGUAAGAGACUAUUUUUGCCUCCGUCCCCUGCUCCUCGGCUAGGGAAGGAGGAGGCUGAACCCUGUCAGUAGUUCCAGCCAACCACAUGACUCCUCUUCAUUCUUGAUGGGGAGAGGGACACAGAUGGCCUGUUCUGUGCCCUUUCCCAGGACUCUCCAUGGCCCCAGGCCCUAAGCCACUAGCACAUCUCUAAACACUUGGUCCCCCUAAAUGGCCCCCCCUAAAUGGUCGGUGCAGCCUACAGUGUUGUCCAGACCAUGCUGGCUCUGGACAGUGCUCUGUGGAAUGAGGCAGGGAGUCUUCCUUUGCUCAUUUUCUGCUUUUUGUCAUUUUGUUGAAUUGUAGCUGUCUGUCUUGGAAGUGGUAGUGUAACUGGUGUGGAGUAAACUCGUGAUGGCUGGUUGCCGCUGAGUGAGAGGUUGAACCCGGUUCUUCCUCAUCCAUCCAGGGGAAGACAAGGGGAGGCUGCAGGAAUUAUACCUGCAAGAGGCAGAGCAGGGUUAUUCUGAAGACACUUCUGUGGGCCUCCACGAAGAUGGAGAACGUACUAUCUCUCAGCUCCUACAAACCGAGUCUCCGAGGGGCCCCUGCCUGCCACGCUCACUGUCUCUGUGGGGCAAGGCUUGAGUGGGAUAAGGAUUCUAUAUAUGAGGGUGAGUCAAAAAUUACCCUCAGUCCAGUUAUAGUAAAACUUCUGUAAAUUCUACAGCCAGAGUCUGGGUAAUUUUUGACUCACCCUCGUAGUAACAGGUUUAGGUUGCUUUCUAUCCAGUCACCUUCCCUUGUCUCCAUGGUCAUAGGCAGGGGCCGGCCUGGGAGCGGGGGAUCAAACCCCUGCAGUGGCAGCAGCUGGCCCCCCCUUUCCUCAGACACUUUCCCACAGCUCUUGGCAGGUGCUCCUACAUGGAAGAUGGUGACGGGAAACAGAUGCUGCCCGCUGCCCCUUCCCCUCGGCUCCUUCAGUUCCUUCCACUGAUUCUGCACAGGACUGUCCUCUGUUCUUGGGGAUCUAGGCCACUGCCAGGGGCUGUGAAGAUGUCCCAGUUAUUUUCGCAUGUUACGUCUGAGAGCCUUUGAAGGAUGCUCUUAGCGUCACAUCUCUUGGUAUCGGAGGUCUGGCAGUGAUUGAUGAGGAGGAGGAGGAUGGUACCUUGCAUUUGGAUGACUCAGAAUGGUGCUAACCUUUCCUCCCAACCUUUACAUGUUUUGCCUUCUACAUUCAUUAUACUUGUUGGUAGAAAAGCAGAAGUGCUUAAAGAAGAAGUUUCAAGUGAAGAGAAGUUAAAAAGCUGCUUGGACUGAUUGCUGAGUCGGGCACCAGGCUCUGAGACCUGCACACGUUGGCUCUGUUCUCCAAUCUGCUUUUGCUGUCUGACCUAGGGCUUGUCUCUUAGCCCCUCUCAAAUUUCCUUCCUGUAAGAGCAACCAUCACCUGCCUCUCCCACAAGGGCAAGAGACUGUGUAUCAGAGCAGGUCUGUGAAGCCUGCGGCUCCCUGCCAGCCAGUAGGACAAACUGCUGAAGCUGACGGUGCAGUUCUCCCUGCCUUUGCCUCUAGGGACUUGCCUGCUUCCUCUGGCUUCUGGAAGAGGAAUGGUUUGGAGUUGGCUUAGCAUGACUAAUGGAGACCGUGGUCAGGCACAUGCUCUCCUACUGCAUUUAGGUAGCACCUGGUGUUUACAAGCAUCCCCUUAAUGCCCCCACUUAGUUUGUCAGGCUGAUUGUCCCUACCAUUAGUGUCUUGCAGAGAAGGAAAUGGGAGAUGGGGAGCCAGAGGCAGCAUCCGAAUGAUGAUUUGGGGUCACUCGUUUCUUAGAGCUGUUCCCAGAGUCUGAUGUGUUCAGAGGCAGGAAUCAGGCCGGUCCCUGAAAGAAUCUUUGGGAAAGGGUCUGCUGGCCCUUGGGACGUGUGUCGUGGUGUGGGCUUCCUCACAAGGCCCCUUUGCCCUCAGACCACAGUUGCUCAGGGACACAACAAGACACCCCAAGGGCAUCUAGGCCUGAUGUGGCGUCAGCACUCUUGCUCCACAGCCCCCUCCCCCUGCCUCCUGAGCAUGCCUGACUCUGCAAGCUCGCUUAAGCGCAGAGCAUCGGGUACUGAAGACUGGGUGGCUCUGAGUGGUACCCUGCAGGGCUGAGAUGGCUGUGGCAGAAAUGACUGUGAGUGCAGAACCUUGACCUUUCAUGCAUGUGUUUCAUUUAGCCUGUGCCUUGACUCAGAUCUGUGAGGGCCCCCUCCUUGGGCAGGUCAGAAACACUGUUGUCUCUUCAAGAAUUUUGAGGAAGGAGCAGGUGCUGCUGCUUCUGUGGUGCCAGGCUUUUCCUGAGGACUCUGCCAGGGACUGUAGACCGGGGGCCGGGGAGAGCAGCCCACAGCGCCUUGUAAGUGAACAUGGCAGGAGUGGCAGGAAUUUGGUGGUCGGCGCUACCCACCUGCUAGUUGUGUGAUGUCGCAAACGUCUCUUCCCACUCUGGACCUCUGAGCCCAGCUGUGAACCAAGGAUGCUGCUACCUUCCCCACCUGAUGCAUGAAGGCUUUCUAGCUUGAAAAUCUGUGGUCCUGGGGCCCCUGGUCCAACACUGAUGAGCCUUCCCUUGCUAGGUUGCUUCCUUUUGUGGAGAACAGUGUGUGUGUGUGUGUGUGUGUGUGUGUGUGUGUGUGUGUGUGUGUGUGUGUGUGUGUGUGUGUGUAGUUGGAGGUCAAAAACAGUCAAAUAUUGGCAGUUUCAUGUCGUUUGACCGACUAGACCACCUGCCUUUCUCCUUGGCUUCAGGCCUGAGAAGACUUCUUGUCAAGCCACAGCUGUUGUGAGGAACACAUUCCCAAAUGUCUCUCUUUGUUCAGACAGAUCAUUGUUUUCUUAGAUCAGGAAUUCAAAUGAGUAAAAGUCCACAUCAGAAGGGGAAACCCACAGCUACUUCCAGGGAGGCUUCAGUCCCUGGCUUUGCCCUGACCUUGCCACCUGGGCACCUGCCACUGCAGGCACUGGCGCUGGAAGGGCAGGAGGCAGAAACUGGAGUCCUGGAUGAUUAAGGCUAAUUAACAGGGCUUAGGUGUCUAAUUAGCCUGACCUGGCCCUGGGCUUCUGGUUGGCUGGAGGGGCCAGGUGAAGCUCUAAUUCACUUUGAUUAUUUUCCAUUUGUUCUCAUGCACUAUUGACAGGGCUUCGCCCAUCCUUUGUCCAUUUCAGGGUCUUCAGGCACCUUGGCCUCCCUAGGCUGCUCAGGGAGCCCUGAUCUGUUUUCCUGAAGGCUGGGCUGCUCCUUGUUCUGGAGCCGGUAGGACUGGUCCUUCUUGAUUCUUACUGGCUGUGGUUCCCUGCAUCCCCUGCCCAUGGCCUUGCUUUGGCUCUUUUGCUCACGACCACAGCUAGAAAUAGAGAAGAGCCUCUGGGCCCAGCCGCUUAGCAGAGCCAUGAGCUUUUCUGCUCCUCUCUUGGAAACAGACUUGCCUUUCCCCCAGCCCAAUCUCCCUCCUGACUGGUCUGACCCACCCUCCCUGCAAACACCCACAACCUAGUUUUAUUAGCCUGAUUGGCAACUAGUCAGAUAUCUCAGGACAGAACACCAGAGUAUAUAAUUCCAGAGGUUCAGAGGCAGACCUUUUCUGCUGGGAUGUGUGAGGUGGACAUCCCAGAAAUCUGAACCCAGAGGUCAGAUUGAUUUAUCAAGAGGGGUCCUGGUGAGUGAUGGCCCCCUGGAUAUGGUGACCUUGCUCUGCACUUCCUGAAGUCCAAGAGCAAGUUUCGUAAGUAACAUGUUGCCCAUGUUUCUGAAAGCCUUCACACCCAGGUACUUGCUUUGACAGACCCCAACUUUAUUUAAAAUUGUGAUAUUGUGUUCAUGAAUUUCUCAAUUUUAAUUUUAAAAAAUAUUGCAUUGAAAUAUGAUUUAUCCGCAUAACUGAGGUUUUGUUUUGUUUUGGUGACCCCUUAAAUUUUAUAUCACAGGUGAGUGCCUCCACUUACCCUCGUCUCAGCCCUGCCUGCCCCUCACCUGAACAAGCUCAGACAGAACUGUGAGGUAGACUUAGGUCUUCUCUGCUUGCCUUUCCCUUCAGGUCUUGAGUCGGGUGGUAGCUCUCUGGAAGUGUUUGUGUUUGAAUAGGAACAUGUUGACUUAACAGCAGUGAAACAGCUAGGGCAGUUGUCAGCCUUGGACCUGUGACUGGGGUGACUUUUCCUGGAUGGCCCCCAGCUUCCUUUCAGCCUCUCUGAAACCCUGAGGCCACUGAGAGGUGUGUAUGUGUUUCAAGGGAAAGGGAAGGGAUUACAGUGGAGAGGACUCUCUAGAGUCUCAUCUGAAACCUCUUUGGGACAUCUUUGAAUUUGCAGAGAAGUGAAUAAACCAUUCUCUCUCCCAGUUCCAGAAAGGACAGCAGUGGACAGGGGCGUUUCUACUCCCUUGCCUGCCUAGCACUGUGCCUGGCCCACAGUGACCUUCGUGAUGUCAGCUGUCACGUCACCUCCCGCAGUAUCCUUUUCGCCACCAUUAUUAUUCUCUGUCUUCUUUACUUUACUCUCAUCAUUUGUCUUUCCUUCCAGUUCCAGAAGCCAUGCUGGCUAUGGCUCUUUUCUUUGUCACUGUCAGAAUGGGACACGGGUUUAUCCUGGCCUGAGUAUGGAAACUAACAAGAAAUUACCUGAAACCAUUAUGUUUCUUCUAGGUGAGAGGUGCUGUCCUAAAGGUUUAUAUUCUUUUCUCUUUUUUGGGGGGGUGGGGUGGGUAGGGGGCAUUACCUCCAUCUAAGGAUGUGGAAACUGAGGCUCAGAUGGUUAUGUAACAUGCCCAAGGUCUCACAGGUAGGGAACAGUGUUGCUGAUCUGCUUGGCUCCAAAGACAUCUCUUGUUUUCCUCUGAGCACAUUUUAGGCCACUGUUUAGAAGCCCUGAGAUAAAAAUCCGCCUAGCCCAAGUCUGCGGAGGCUCUGAGAUGGUUCUUUGUCCAAGGAGGAGUUGUUCUGUGGCCAACGUAUCAUCUGCCUUCACGACUGGAGACGCCCAGCGGGACGUGCAGCCUCGCCGGAGUGCAGCCAACCUCCGCUCUGCUCCUGCCGCUCCCUCUGCAUCAUUUCCUCCCCACGAUUGUUCAGGGACCUGUUCCACCAGGGGGUUGAAUGUGUCGAUCCUAUAGCUCUUCUCCCAGGACCGCUGAAGGCCUGUGGGCCUCUCGCCCGUUUCCACCGCACAGUUGCCCCAUUUCUGCCCUUUACCACAGCUUCAACCCACGUCCCUGCUGGCCUCCCGAGUUUGAAGGCCUUAUUGCAGCUCCUCUUGGGAACUUGAAAUCAGGCGUUUGUCCUUUUAUUGUAUCGAGCCACGUGCCCUUGGUACCCAGUUGUAGCAAAGAAGGGGAGUGCUGAACUUAACUUUCGCCUCUGACCUUCCUCAUUACCCAUGCUAAACACACGUGCUCACACACACUCACACGCAUGCUCACACACUCACACGCGGAUUCGUCUGAGACUAUCUUCUAGAGGGUUAAGGGAAGGAGCUGGAGAUGGGUUUUGUUUCAUUCACAGAAAACCUUUCUUUGGGAUUUUCCUCCCCCUUAGAGCCUUCGGGUCUAGGUAAAGUGGAAGUUCACAUACAUGUUGGUUUUGUUCCUCAGUAUAUAGCUCCUAGUUUUCAUCCCCUAGGCCUUCCUGGCUCCAGUGUCUUGUCCAUGUGUGCUGACCCUGCGUCCUUGCAUUCCCAUUUUGCUUUGGGAUUUAAGUUAUUGUAAUUUGUCAACAAUAUUUAAAAGUAGAAAAGUCCUGAAGGAAACUUACCAGGUUCUUUUCUUUGGCUUUUCUUUUUUUUUUUUUUUUCAAGGUACUGUAAAUUGUUAACUAGGGAUGCCAAGCAGGCUUGGUUCAAUGGCUAAACCUCUUAUCGUAUUACAGUGUAAUGCUGAUCUCAGCCUGGUCUCACCACCAGAGCACACACAGACUUGAAUAAAACUGUUA